UUAUUUCCCGCUGUCAGGAUGAGGAGGCGGAGGUCGGCGCUCGGGUCCGUCUCUGCCCGGGGCUGUGGCGGCACCGGCGGCUCCAGCCUUAGCGGUUCCUCCCUGGGCGCAGGCGGCGGCGGCUCGGUCGACGCCUCUCCCGCCAGCUGAGCCCGCGGCAGCGCUGGACGCCGCUUCCCCGCCCAUCCCCGCUCCCGAGGCCGGCCACCUGGCCAUGGCGCAGCCGGGCCCGGCUCCUCAGCCUGACGUUUCUCUUCAGCAACGGGUAGCAGAAUUGGAAAAAAUUAAUGCAGAAUAUUUACGUGCACAGCAGCAGCUUGAACAAGAAUUUAAUCAAAAGAGAGCAAAAUUUAAGGAGUUAUAUUUGGCUAAAGAGGAGGAUCUGAAGAGGCAAAAUGCAGUGUUGCAAGCUGCACAAGAUGAUUUAGGACACCUUCGGACACAGCUGUGGGAAGCCCAAGCAGAGAUGGAGAAUAUUAAGGCCAUUGCCACAGUGUCUGAGAAUACUAAACAAGAAGCUAUAGAUGAAGUGAAAAGACAGUGGAGAGAAGAAGUUGCUUCACUUCAGGCUGUGAUGAAAGAAACAGUUCGUGACUAUGAGCACCAGUUCCACGUUAGGCUGGAGCAGGAGCGAACACAGUGGGCACAGUAUCGAGAAUCUGCAGAGAGGGAAAUAGCUGAUUUAAGGCGAAAGCUUUCUGAAGGUCAAGAGGAGGAAAAUUUAGAAAAUGAAAUGAAAAAGGCCCAAGAGGAUGCUGAAAAACUUCGGUCUGUUGUGAUGCCCAUGGAGAAGGAAAUUGCAGCUUUGAAAGAUAAACUGACAGAGGCUGAAGACAAGAUUAAAGAGCUGGAGGCCUCAAAGGUUAAAGAACUCAAUCAUUAUCUGGAAGCUGAGAAGUCUUGUAGAACUGAUCUAGAGAUGUAUGUAGCUGUUUUGAAUACUCAGAAAUCCGUUUUACAGGAAGAUGCUGAGAAACUGCGGAAAGAAUUGCAUGAAGUUUGCCAUCUCUUGGAGCAAGAGCGACAGCAACACAACCAGUUAAAACACACAUGGCAGAAGGCCAAUGACCAAUUUUUGGAAUCUCAACGUUUGCUAAUGAGGGACAUGCAGCGAAUGGAGAUUGUACUAACUUCAGAACAACUCCGACAAGUUGAAGAACUGAAGAAGAAAGAUCAGGAGGAAGAUGAACAGCAAAGACUUAGUAAGAGAAAGGAUCACAAAAAACUGGAUGUUGAGGAAGAAGUGAAAAUACCAGUAGUCUGUGCUUUAACUCAUGAAGAAUCUUUAGCCCAGUUGUCAAAUGAAGAGGAACAUUUAGAUAGUACCCAUGGUUCAGUCCAUUCCUUAGAUGCAGACUUACUGUUGCCAUCUGGAGACCCAUUCAGUAAAUCGGACAAUGACAUGUUCAAAGAUGGACUCAGGAGAGCACAGUCUACAGACAGCUUGGGAACCUCAGGCUCACUGCAAUCUAAAGCUUUAGGCUAUAACUACAAAGCAAAAUCUGCUGGAAACCUGGACGAAUCAGAUUUUGGACCAUUGGUUGGAGCAGAUUCGGUGUCUGAGAACUUUGAUACUGCCUCCCUUGGGUCACUGCAAAUGCCAAGUGGGUUUAUGUUAACCAAAGAUCAGGAAAGAGCAAUCAAGGCGAUGACACCAGAACAAGAAGAGACGGCGUCCCUCCUCUCCAGUGUUACACAGGGUAUGGAAAGUGCUUACAUGUCCCCCAGUGGUUACCGCUUAGUCAGUGAGACAGAAUGGAAUCUCCUACAAAAAGAGGUACAUAAUGCUGGAAAUAAACUUGGUAGACGUUGUGAUAUGUGUUCCAAUUAUGAAAAACAGUUACAAGGUAUUCAAAUUCAGGAGGCUGAAACAAGAGAUCAGGUGAAAAAACUGCAGGUGAUGCUAAGGCAAGCAAAUGACCAGUUAGAGAAGACAAUGAAAGAUAAACAGGAACUGGAAGACUUUAUAAAGCAGAGCACUGAAGAUUCAAGUCAUCAGAUCUCUACACUUGCCCUAAGAGCCCAAGCAUCUGAGAUCUUACUUGACGAGUUACAACAGAGCUUUUCCCAGGCAAAGAGGGACGUUCAGAAACAGAUGGCAGUGCUGAUGCAGUCACGGGAACAGGUUUCAGAAGAGCUGGUGAGGUUACAAAAAGAUAAUGACAGUCUUCAGGGAAAGCAUAGCUUGCAUGUUUCCUUACAGCAAGCAGAAGACUUCAUUCUCCCGGAAACAAUAGAGGCACUUCGGGAGUUGGUAUUAAAAUACCGCGAGAACAUCAUUCAUGUGCGGACAGCAGCAGACCACAUGGAAGAAAAGCUGAAGGCUGAAAUACUUUUCCUAAAAGAGCAAAUUCAGGCAGAACAGUGUUUAAAAGAAAACCUUGAAGAAACUCUGCAGCUGGAAAUAGAAAACUGCAAGGAAGAAAUAGCCUCCAUUUCUAGCCUAAAAGCUGAAUUAGAAAGAAUAAAGGUAGAAAAAGGACUGUUGGAGUCCACAUUAAGAGAGAAGUCUCAACAGCUUGACAGUCUUCAAGAGAUAAAAAUCACUUUGGAGGAACAGUUAAAGAAAGAGACUGCUGCUAAGGUUUCCGUUGAACAACUCAUGUUUGAAGAGAAGAACAAAGCUCAGAGGUUGCAGACAGAACUAGAUGUCAGUGAGCAAGUCCAGAGAGAUUUUGUAAAACUUUCUCAGACCCUUCAGGUGCAGUUAGAGCGGAUCCGGCAAGCAGACUCUUUGGAGAGAAUCCGGGCAAUUCUGAAUGACACCAAACUGACAGACAUUAACCAGCUCCCUGAAACAUGACACCCUGAUAGCAGGACUCUAGCCUGCACUUUGGAUUUUUAACUCAUCUUUAGAGCAACAUUAAUUAUUAUUUAACUCUUAACUGAAGAAGCAGAAGUCACAAAAAAAGGGAAGACUGGAGAAAUGCUUAUUUCUAGUGGAAGAAUGUGCAGCACAGGAACAGCGACCAGCCAGAGUAACUUGCAUCAAAAAAACCUUUCCAGUGGGAACACUAACGAGACUCCAGUCUCAGCCCAGCAGGUGUGGUGGAGAAAGUGCUGUUUCCUUGCCUGCUUUAUCCAACAUUUCCCUACCCUAAUGCAACAUCCUCAUAAGUGUUUGGUAUUUUCUGUUCUUAGGUAUUGGAAGAGAGCCUUUUCUGUUGAUUAGAGUUCAUCAGUAACAGUAUUCAGCUAGCAGACAGAGGUGUAGUAUGCUGUAUGACUAUUUUAUAUUAAAAUAUGAAGUUUGAGAGCAGGCCAUUGGCUAAUGACUGUAUUUCCUAGCUCACUGCUUUCCGUUUUUUACCACUUUAUCUUGAGAUGGAGGACCUUAAAUGCUACUGAAACUUUCCUGAGACCCAAACAAAAGCAAUUCAAGAACUGAAUUAAUUGUGAGAAUCUGAAAACAUGGCUGGGGCUUCUGUUGAGAUCAAAGGAAAAGCACAAGAAGCAGUUUGGAAGCACUUUUUCUGCUACCUGGAUGAUUUUGUGCGCCCACAGGUACCAGAGUCAAACUUAACUGGCACCAUCUACUCUUUCAAAAACCGUCUUAGUUAUUGGAUCAGUGGAAAGAAAAAAAAUUACAGAACAAGCUGUGUCUGACAACAUCUAGUAUAAAUUUAUAAAUCUUAUUUUCAACUCAAAUCUGUGGGCCCGAAUACUACUAGUCUCAAACACCAACAUGCUAACUAGGUUUGACAGAUACCUGUUUUGUAUUUUUCUUUUAUAAUUUAGACCUGGGGUGUGAUGCUUACUGAGGUUGUGGAAAACCCAGUUGGUAUAGUCAUCGUUUUGGAAAUCGCUUUGUAAUUUCUGUGAAGUUAGAUUCCUUUCCAAUGUGCAAAAGGCUUCAAUGAGCAGGUUAUUUUUGCCGUAGCCUUAUGAAAUGUUGCGGAAAGCACAAAGACCAGAUUCAGGUUCACGCUUUACCUGCCGCAGUUCUAUCAGGCAGUGGAGGGCAAUACUGUAGUUCGUACAGGUGGUUCAAAAUAAAAUUAUUAGUAUCAAAUACCUUUGAUACUGGUGUUGCAUAACAGCAGGAUACUGGAAGGACUUUAUGGGAAUUAAGUGGAUUAAGUAAGAUCGGCUCAUGGAAAGCCACCAUCAACUUAGAAUUUAAAGUGAAUUGUGUUUGUUAUAAAUGAAGUGGUAAUGGACUAGCCUUAAAGAUCUUUAUUUCUCUGUCUUCCACAGAACAAGCGAUAAGGACUACAUACCUCAUCCCCUGGGUUACUGUUGUAGUCUUGCAUUCAUAAUUAUGAACUUAAAAGUAAAACUAAUAAUGGAAAUAAUGCUAUAGGCUUGCCAUGCAUGAAACAUUUUAAUUGGUUUAAAGUCCCUUUGUAUAAAGUGCUACUUGGUUUAGAUAGAGGAAAUGUAUAGCCUCAUUGAGUUACAGGGAAUUUCAUUCCAAAAUGCAGUCAAUUUAAAUUAUAUACGCAUAAGACUAGUCCCUUAGAUUAUCCACCAAGCUGACCUGUUUCAGAUUAUUAAAAUUGGCACUUUAAAACAGGAUGGGUAAUUCACAAUCUUCCUGCACUAACUGAACAUAGCUCCAGGGACUUGCUGAGAUCAGGCAUCUUGCAGAUGUUUUUCUUCCUAAGAUGGUAUGGGGCCAGUAAAAUCAUGAUUAAGGAAUGUUUUUGGUCUCUGUUGUGGCAGAUGCGAUCUGUUGGAACCCACUCUGCUGAGAAAAAUAGCCUAGAAAAACCCAAACUAAGAUUCUGGGGUUUGUAUUUCUGGUAUGAAACAAACUGUUGGGACAUUCUAGUAGAAAAAACUCCUGGAACUGGGUUUUCUGUAGAAGUGGGCAGCUGAUUUUGGAGGUAGGAUUUUAGCGCUUCUAGACAAAAGGACAGUUGGGUUUCAUGAGUGUUCCUGUGCUUGUAUUCAGUCUGUACACUUAUUCUCACGCAUGUCUAACCUGAUUUACCUCCUACCUGUAACCUACCUUAUUACCAUGUGGCUUUUAAUUGGCAGUCACUCAGCCAUUUCUAGGCAGGUACAUAUUACCUUUCAGAACUCAUAUUGAUAGGUAUAAAAAGAUUACUAAAGCUGAGGACAAGAUUUAUACUGCAUACCAGCCAUUUUCUUCUUUUUCCCUUUUGAGGUCCUGCACCUGCACCUCAUACCCAGCAACAGGUAUUGGUACAUAGAGCACAGCCAAACCCAGCUCUGAAAGGUAAUACUGCCUGUCAAGGAAGUGAGCUAGCAGUGGGCUUGCGAUUGUGGAUCUUGAGUUCGGCUCUGAGCGGACUGCAGGUGUUAACUGUUUGUACUGAAGGCGUGUCCUUAAGAAGAAAGUGUUCAAAUUAAAAAAGCUGCUGCCUAGUAUACUGUGUGGUCUUUUCCUGGGAAUCCCGGGGUUAUGUCCCUCUUCAGACUCAUGUUUGUGGUGCUGCUACUUUAAAAUGCAGCUCUUAUUCUUGUGCAAAUACAGAGAAAGCUCAAUAGGAAUGAUCUGGUGGUGGCUGCAGCUGAAUGUCUCGGGCUUUUUUUGUUUUCAAUCCUAGGUCACUGCUGAGUACAAGCAGAUUCAAACUUACAUAGAAAGCACAUUCCACUGUUUAAAUAUAAGCAUUUAUUCAAUAAUUAUAAAACAAGUAUAAAAAUGAACAACCACACUAAGUUCUUCCCAAAAUGCCUCUUUAUAAAUUAGAUAAUGCCACCUGUUUUACAGUAUGAGUUUAAGCCUUCACUUGUGUUAACUUCAGUUGCGAGUUUGUUCCUGGUGUUGUCAGAAGUUCACAUGGUUUCGGAUAUCAUUGAUUUGCUUCACCAUUUCUCUUAUGUGUUCACCCCUGUAAAAUUGUAAAGUCAUUUACCUUUGGGAAUACCACAAAUGAAUAAGCUAUUAUAACUGCUUCUGAAGAAUGUCCACUGGCAAUGAAUGAUCUUAGAAGUGCUGUGCUAAACUACCAGCUUAUGGUUUUGGGUGGAUAGUAAUGGUCUUGACUCUUCACUGCAGGUGGCAAUCGGCGCAACUGCUGGAAAUAUGUUUGAACAGAUCGUAACCACAUCAAAUUGUAUUACAGGAAAGUUAAUCAGUUUGAUCCUCUCACAUACUCAUCUUAAGUCCACAGCUAUCCUAAAGCUCCUGUCUCAGUAAUACUAGACAUGCAAAUAAGUAAUCUUAUCUGGGCGGAAAAAGGUUGAUUUUUUAAUACUGCAGUGGAAAUAAAGACACUGUCUCUGUGCGAGCUGACGGUAGUGUUACUUACUCCUCUUUCAGGAUGGACUGAAUGCACUUUCUCUGGUAGGCGCUGAGCGUUAUGGUGGGUUUUUGAGGACUCAGAACCUUUUCCAUCUUUCGUUGCUGAUACUCUUUUUUCAUAGUAACCUUAAGUAUGAGACAACAGAUAUUUUUGGCUAUGAAUCGUAUGUUGUAUGUACAACUUUGUUUUGUAACUGAGGAAACAUCAGUUGAUAAUCCUGUGUAGGUUUCAAGAUAAGUUUCUCAUGGCGCUCACCAAUACCUAGUCCCCACCUACCAACAACCGAUUGCUGUACAUCUUGGUAAUGUCAGUUUUAGUCUAUUCUCUUUGCAUUAAAAAAAAUUAUCUAUAGAACAGACUCUUGAAAAAAUGCUGGAUUUAGCUCCUCUGUUCAUCCCUUCUUACCUGUUUAAUGGCAUUGCCCAGGUGUCGGAGUUGAUCAGGUAUCAGCUGUAGUUCUUUCUUCAUGUCUCUCUCACUAUCAGAAAGCACUGGCAGCUGAGAGUGGAAACUGUGAAGUACUUUCUUCAUCCUUUAGAAAAGGUAAGCCAACAUCGUAGCUGGAGAUAGGCUACCGAGGAGAAACCCAGUCCUAACUUAAGUUUACAGGGGAAUUCACGCCCCUGUAAAGGAGGCCGCUACAG